GCGGAGAGACAGAAUCUGAGAUUUCAUGGCGGCUUCUAAAUUUCAAGCUUUGUGGAACCAUCCUGCCGGACCUAAAACCAUUCACUUCUGGGCCCCAACAUUUAAAUGGGGUAUCAGCAUUGCAAAUGUAGCUGACUUCGCAAAACCGCCCGAAAAGCUCUCUUAUCCUCAGCAAAUAGCUGUUUGUUGCACUGGAGUUGUCUGGUCACGCUACAGCACAGUAAUUACACCGAAAAAUUGGAACCUUUUCAGUGUUAAUGUUGCAAUGGGUGCUACAGGCAUUUACCAACUUACUCGCAAAAUUCGGCACGAUUACUUCUCCGAGCCAGAAGUGGCUGUUGCAGAAGAAUGAUGAUGACGAUAUGUAGAUUGUGCCCUCUAUCUUUAAUUUGAGACAUUGAGAUGAUGUUCUUUGCUCUUAUUUGUAUGUAACAAUGGCUUUAUCUCUUAGGUGGGAUUUUGAAUAUUUGGAUGGUGAUAAGCUGUUCCAACACUGGAAAUCUUAUCUUGUAUUAUUGGUGGAAUUUGGAUAAAAAAGUAAAGUGAUGGGGGGUGUAGCCCUU